AUGCAUCACGUUUUCUAUCGCUUUUUGAUGUUUUUCUUCGCGCUCUUCGCGUUAAUCACGAUAACGAUAACGACGAAGAAAACAACGACAGGGACCAUCAUCAUCGGUUUCACUGGCCCCGCUGUUGAUGAUGUUUUUGCCGACUCUGAUGCUACUCACAGUAAUAACAUCAGUGAUAACAGUAACACUAACGAGAAGGAGUCGUGCUCGUCGCUUCGAAUUGAUGAUUUAAUCAACGCCAAAGUGUCGAGCAAACCUUUCAAACACGUCUACGUGAAAGGAUUCAUCUCGAAAGAGUGUGUACGCAAAGUGAACAGAGAUUUCCCGGAGAGUUUGAAGCGAAUAUCGACGUACGGUGGGGGGAAUAUCGACGAAGGCGCGCUCAGGAAAAGGAACGAAAUAGGAGGUCAUUUCGAAGCGUUUUUGGACGCGAUGGCGAGCGCGACGUUGCGUGAGGCGUUCGAACGCGUCUUCCGGACGGAUUUGUCGAACACGUUUAUCCGGUCGACUAUUCGAGGCGUAGCGACGAAAGAAGAUGGGAGAAUUCACGCCGACGACGCGUCGAAAGUUGUGACCGCGUUGGUGUAUUUGAACGAAGAGUGGCCGCACGAAUCCGAAUGCGGCGAGUGCGGUAAACUACAGCUGUUAGCGAGGAGAGAUUUGCGCUCGAAUAGCACUCCGGCGAACGACGCGUACGGAGGAAAUCUCUUGGCGUUUCUAAAUCCAGCAGCGUUUGGAAAGAACGGAGGAUUUCACGGUUUCAAAAAGUUUUCCUCGACCCGAAAAGGCGGCUGCUUGUCCCAAGACGCCGGUUGCGAACGUAAGAUGGUCCAGAUCAACUACCAGACGCGCGUAAAAUUAUUUGGCGACGACGAGAAGAAAAACGGCAGACGAAGGAAAAAGAAAAACCAACAAGACUUCGUGCGUCCGAACGACCCGAGAGUUCGAGAUGGGUCUCUCGAGCUCCCGGGAGGCGUUCGUUUAGCGAUAGUUUAG